AGGUCAGGAACAGUUCAAAGUGUUCGAUUGUGGGAGAAAUGCGUCUUACUUUGCAUUUUAUUGAGAGAAAGUAACAUGGGAAUCAUUCAGAGUUAUAUGCCUGUGGCCAAAGAAGAACAUAAAUUCCAUUUUGAUCUGGAAGAAGAGAACAGAAAGUUGGAGGAGAUGAAGGAAGGAUUUGUGAAAUAUGACAUUUGCAAAACAACAUGGGAAGUCCCUUCGAAAUACAAGAAUUUAGCCAUUAUUGGGGCUGGAUCUUUUGGACAAGUGUGUAAAGCUGAAAAUUCCGAGACGGGAGAGAAAGUAGCUAUAAAGAAGUUGUCGCGACCAUUCCUUGAUCCAAUAAUUGCUCGGAGAUCCUACCGUGAAAUCAAAGUCUUGAAAUUUAUGCGACAUGAAAAUAUAAUACGUCUCAUAGAUCUGUUUACACCCGCCACCACUGCCGAGAAAAUGGAAGAUUUAUACCUUGUGACGGAGCUCAUGACCACCGACCUCAGCACAGUCAUCAGGGAACACCGAAGAGAACUCGAUGAUAAGAAGAUAGAAUUUCUUGUUUAUCAGAUGCUCAAGGGAUUGAAGCAUGUCCACGCAGCAGGAACCAUACACAGAGAUAUAAAGCCAAGCAACAUUGUCAUUGACUGUGAUAACUGUAGUCUCAAGAUUGUCGACUUUGGGCUUGCGCGACAAAAGGAAGACGACAAAAUGACAGGUUAUGUAGUGACGAGAUAUUGGAGAGCUCCAGAGGUCAUCUUCAACUGGACACAGUACACCGAAUCGGUUGAUAUCUGGUCUGUUGGCUGUAUCAUGGCUGAGCUGUACACUGGCAGGGCUCUCUUCAAGGGCACUGAUUCACUUGAUCAGCUGAAGAAAAUUAUUAAAUUCUGCGGUAAACCGAGCCGAGAGUUCAUUGAGUCUAUGAGUCGAGAUGCCAGAGAAUACCUUUUGAAGUUACCAGACCACCCUAUGACCGAUUUCAAGAGUCAUUUCCAUAUGUGUUCACCUAAUGCUGUUGAUGUCCUCGAGAAGAUGUUGGAGAUCGACCCAGAGAGGCGGAUCAGCGCAGCAGAGGCCCUCCGUCACGAGUACUUUGCCAAAGCACAGGAAAUAUCAGAGUCAGAAGAACCUGAAGUGGAGCAGGCGUAUGACCCCUCGGUGGAGGAGAGGGACUGGACGCUGGAGGAAUGGCAAGAACUAGUCUACAGCGAGAUCGAGUCAUUCAAGACCUGAGGAUGUCGAUUAGAUAUACAGUAGAACCUCCCUUAGCGGACACCUUUCUAUAAAGGACACCCUCUCUAAAAAGGACAUUGCAUUUGGUCCAUUGAAUUUGAUAUCUAUAAGCCGGACACCUCUCAUUUAAGGACAGUAUUUGUCAGUCCAAAGGGGUGUCCUUAUUAGAGAGGUUCUACUGAAAGUUAAUAAGUGUGUUACCCGCACUUUAAACCAGGAUAGUGGCACCGCUGUCUACUUAUAAGUGUAGCUGCUGAUUUUAGAGUCUACCAAACCAUGGCGAGUGACUGAAAUGUAUUAUUACCAUCAAUAUCAUCAUCGUCUCAAAAAAUUCCACGUGGAAAUUUUGCUGCUGAUGCUAAAAUGGCUAACAUGAUAAAUACUCUUAUCAAAUUGUUAUCAGUGGGUAAUUUGUCAUUAUCAUUUGAAGCGAGAUAAAGUGUCAAUCCCACACAAUAAUCCACGCUUUAUUGAUUACGCUUUCCUUUCAUUGCAUUUAUACUCGAUAAACCAAGUAUACUCUGUUUAUCAAUUAUGGCAUCAGACUACGCUAUCCGAUCAUCAUACUCAAUUAUUCAAGUACCGAUCGUGAAUUGUGGAAAUUGCCCAUUUUUGCAAAAUAAUGUCCAACUUGAUGCUCUGCUCUCAACUCAACAUUCUAAUAUUUUUUUAAUUGGCUGUCGAAAAAAGCUAGUUUGGAGGUAAAAAAUGUGCAGCCAAGGAAUGCUCUGUUACCAUGACAACAAUUGUUUUAGUGGGUUUCAAUUUGAGAACACUCGCUCGAGUGUUUUUCUGUUCAUCCCAAAAAGGGGGCGUUUCUCUUUCACGAUUAUUCAGGAACAUGCUGUAAACCAUAAAAUGUGACACACCACGACAAAAUGAGUCGCAUGUCGCACAGAAGAUGAGCCUAAAAUGACACCAGGACAUGAUAGAAGAAAUUGAUAUGCUCCGAUUUUACAAAAGGAAGACAAUGGUGAAAUGAACAACCAGUCUGUCUCAACCUGUCAAGCUCAGAGCGACAUGCGACUCAUUUUGUCAUGGCGGGUCACAAAUGUCUAUUGCUCUUUAUUCCCAUAUUGUGAAAAAGCCACAAAAAAAUUCAUUUUGCCAGAUAACAAAAUCUUUAGUUUUUCAAAUAUUCUUUUUGCCAGAUUUUACUUUCGUGAAUCUAGCUUAUUCACAAAAUUGGUGAAAAUAACACGUCCAUGAAAAAUUUGUGGUUGCCAGUAAUCAGAAUACUUUUAUUUUGUUUAUUUGUUAGUUUAUUAAACGAAAAAUAUGUGGUUUUCAGUAAUCUGAAUAGUUUUAUUUUGUUUAUUUGUAAGUUUAUAAAACGAAAAAAUUUGUAGUUUUUAGUAAUCAGUAUAGUUUUAUUUUGUUUAUUUGUAAAUUUAUACAACGAAAAAUUUGUGGUUUACAGUAAUCAGAAUAGUUUAAUUUGUAUAUUUUUAAGUUUAUGAAAUGUUUGUACCGGUUCAAUACAUGUAGAUCUGCUGGUGAACUUCAAUCAGAUUUAUGAUUCUUUUCUAAAAAUGCUGUCGAAAAAACUAGAAGUUUUGCCAGCCCAAUUUACCCAGUGACACAAUGUUAAGCAAGAGGAUGGAAUACUCAAAAAGGACAGAGUUGGUUAGUUCUGUGUUUUAAACAGUAGUAUGGAAAUAUUAUAGAAUUUUUGGUUCCAAGAACAUUACUCCACUUAUAUACCCAAUGUUGUUCAAAUUAGGAGAUUGCUUCAAAAAAAUUAAAAUAUUAGCCUGUGUUAGAAAAGCUUAUCUUAUAGGCUAUUUGGUCAUUUUAGAAAAAGGUUUGAGUUUGUGAUUUUGUGCUUGUGUUGUGAUUAUUGCAUCACAGCACUGCGGGAAACCAUCUACUUGUAAAAUUUGAAUAAAGGGUCUGAUUCCACAUCUGUACUCGGCAGGAUGAUGGCCGUUUCCUGCCGUCACAGGCUUUGGAGUUAAUUUUAAUUACAUGGCCAGUAACUUGCAUCAAACUUAAUCCAACGCCUGUGAAAACCAUGCAUUCUUGUAGUAGCAGAAACUAAAGUUUUAUUUUGGUUUGGAACUAAACAAUUGUUUAAAACUAAAUGCCUGAAUCCAUUUGCGUACUGUGAACAGUGAAAUGUUCGCAAAGCUGAAAGUUCACAAAUUUGGUUGUAGCAGUAGACUAAAUUUAGGAUGUUGUGCAAAAAGUUCCUAAUAGGUGCAUUACAGUUGAAAUUUGUUUACUUUUUAAGUUAGUGUUUGAGAUUCGCAAAAAUAAAAUGCUCAUGAACAUUUCACAUUUUACAGUAUGUGCAUGAUCUCGUGAUGCUAAUUUACUUCUAUUUUGUAAAUUGAUGUUAUCAGAAAUGUGAUUUCAAUUAAAAGAUCCCUCCAAGUGUGUGCAUUCUUUAAUAUGUAUGGGUAUGAAGGGAAUCAUUCCAAUUUUCUUGCGAAACAUGACUCGUUAUAAAUUAUUUAGUUAUUGUUCACGUCUAAAGUAAUUCAAGGUCAUUAAGUCCUUCAAGUUGUAUGUUGAGAAAUACCGUAUUAAAGUAGUUCAAGGUCAUAGUGGACUUUGAGUCGUAUUUUGAGAAAUACUGAGUAUUAAAGUAGUUCAAGGUCAUAGUGGACUUUGAGUCGUAUUUUGAGAAAUACUGAGUGUUAAAGUAGUUCAAGGUCAUAGAGGACUUUGAGUCGUAUUUUGAGAAAUACUGAGUAUUAAAGUAGUUCAAGGUCACAGAGGACUUCGAGUCGUAUUUUGAGAAAUACUGAGUGUUAUAGUAGAUCAAGGUCAUAGAGGACUUCGAGUCGUAUUUUGAGAAAUACUGAGUGUUAAAGUAGUUCAAGGUCAUAGAGGACUUCGAGUCGUAUUUUGAGAAAUACUGAGUGUUAAAGUAGUUCAAGGUCAUAGAGGACUUCGAGUCGUAUUUUGAGAAAUACUGUGUGUUUAAUCUAUGUCAUUGACCAAUACUUAUGCGUGUGCUGUUGAAAUCGUUUGUCCUUAAAGGUAGACUACACUUCUGGACAUUCCCAAACGUUGGACGUUUUCUGUGAUUACAUAUUUUACAUUAUUUCUCUCCUGAACUGUUGACACAUUUUGUUAGUAAAUACUAUACAAGGGCAAUGUUUAUUUCCUUUGACCUGUUGAACAGAAAAAAACAUUGUAAGCAGUAGAAUGGUGGAGGGUAUCAACAUUUUCUUACGUCCAGGAAAUUAUUUUAAAACUUUUUGAGGGUCACAUGGGAGCAGAGAUCUUCCAGUAUCGGUGUAUUAUUAUUAUUUAUUAUUAUUUUAUUCAUAUAAGGCCUCCGGCCCAUACAAAUUUAACAAUAUGCAAUUUUUACAGAGAAUACAAGUGAAUACAAUUUGAUUUCAUUACAUUGAUAAAAGUGGUUAGAUCAGGUCGUACUGAUGGCAAAAACGCUUGUCUUAAAUCUGCAUGGAAUGGACAUACAUUCAGAAAAUGAAAAUCAUCAUCUAUCUCAUUUCUGUCACAAAAAGUACAUUCUAAGGCUUCUCUACCAUAUCUGUUGAAGAAAGUCAAGAACUAAUAAAGGUUAGUCUUCAUUAAUUCUUGGUUAAGUAUUUUCAUUGCAUUUCUAACAGGUUAAAGUUAAAUGAUGUAUAUUAGGUUAUAGUAUUAUUUUCAACAUGCUCAAUGUGAGUUGCACAAUAUUUGUAUUUCAUGAACUCAUUUUGCAGCUGUAUAUGUUUGUAGCUUCUUCUUACUUAUUCAAGAAUCACAAGAAAUGAGCAAUUUUCAAAAGUGGUCAUCACCGUAAUUGUACCAGGGCUAUAAAUGUAUCACCCUACCUUACUUGGCGCACAAAUAUGUGUACAGUUUACCUUAAUCCAGGUUUUCAAUUCCUUGUAACAGAGUUCCUUACAAUCAUCAAAAUGAAAUCUGCUUCCAAAGAACCUGGUGUCUAACAACUUAUCAAGCACAAAUAUCUCAGCUCUUACACACCUAGUAUGUUUAUAAUGCAUUUUUGUUUGUUGAAUAAAAUUUAAUAAAUGUUUG